AUGUCUGCCUCCUGGGACGUCGUGUUCACUGAAGAGUUCGAUGAGAACUUUGGAAUGGGCCUAGACGAUGGGUGCAAGAAAUACUCAAAAUUGUAUAAUAUAUCGAAUCCCGCCGAACUUCAUGGCUUGAACCAAAAUCUUUCAGAUGAUAACGAAGACACCGAAAGCUCUUCAUCGGACAGCAUACCAAGCUUCGUUUCUGUUAGCGACGAAAGGUCAGAUUGCUACACAUCUGACUACAACGAUGAGAUUGAGAGCAAAUCGGGUAUCGAAUUCGACUUUUGGGCUGUCUCCCAAGAUGAAAGAGACCAAAUUGGUCAGGAAAGUGAUUCUCCCAUAGACUGGGACUUUGAAAAUUCUAUUGAACCUGUAGAACAAGAGCCAUUAUUCAAGACCAUCAUGAUCGAUACUCCCGAAACCUUUGACGAGUUCUUGCCAGUUUUGUCACAGCUAGUGGAAGACAUCCCAGAGCUCGGAUGUGACUGCGAGGGUGGAAAGAGUUUUGGUCGUAAUGGAGUCCUAACGUUUUUCUCAAUGACAAUUCUUUCUCGGAGAGAGACAUACAUUAUAGAUGUCUUGGCGCUCAAAAAACUCGGAAUACAAGUCUUCGAACAAGAGAAUGUAGAAGGGCUGUCGUUAAAGAAAGUUUUGGGAUCAAAGAAAUAUCUGCAACUUUGGUUCGAUGUUCGACAGGACUGGGACACCCUGUAUCACUUGUUUGGAGUUACACCAGGGCGAAUUCUUGACCUCCAAUUACUUGAGUUUUUGUCACGCAGAGGCUCAAAAGACAGUAUUCUGGGAUUAUUCAGAGUCAUGAGGGAGCAUGGCAAGGCUUUCAUGAGCAAUAAAGAGCUUGAAGAUUGGUUAGAUGAGAAGGAUGAAGGUCGAAACUAUUUCAGCGGCCAUGAACUAGGUUAUGGCGUUCUGGAAGAGGAGCGACCUAUCAGCGAGACCACCAAGAGGUAUAUUGCAGGCGAUACGGAUUGCAUGUUCCAUCUGUACUUCCAUCUCUCGCUACAGUUGAGAUAUUGGGACCAGGAAAUGCAGAUAAGUAUACCCGAGAAGGCUACCGAAUCUGCGGAAAAGACCACAGGGAUUGCGAAUGCCAAACAACCUAUCGAGGCUGCCGUCGUCAUAGAAUCAGGAUUGUCGACAAUUGAGUUGCAAGAGCCCACUGAGCCUGCUGCUCCAGUCGAGCCACGUCACAGAAGGGACUGGUUGACUUUCGUCGAGGAGCAAUCAAUGCUCAGGGCCGAGCUCGCAAUGGCCCCUGAAUAUGACCCCAAUGAUCAAGAUAGGAAGUAUAGCGCACCAGAAGCAUUUCUAGAGAUCUCACGACAACAAAAUGAUCCUGAAAGAGCUGCUGCAAGGCGUGCCAAGGAAAUUGAGCGCUCAAUGUUUUAA